AUGGAAGAAGAACAAGAAGACGACCCAAAAACCCUAAUCACUGGCCUCCCUGAUGACCUUGGCCUCCAAUGCAUAGCCCGGGUCCCUCGCGUCUACCACCAAACCCUAGCACAGGUCUGCAAGCCGUGGCGCUCUCUUGUUCGAUCUGAGCUCUUCGUAUCGGCUCGCUCUUCUCUCAAAACAGCACAACACUUCCUCUACUUUAUGGUUAGGACCCAUGAUUCCUGUUUCAAAUGGUUUGUUCUAAGCCAUUACAACCACCUUAAACAAACUUGUCCUUUGCCCCCAGCUCCUGCGCCCACUAUGGGUUCAGCGUGUGUUGUAUUGGGCUCGAGCCUCUAUAUAUUGGGUGGCUCCAUUAAUGAUUUGCCAUCACCUAACACUUGGGUUUAUGAUGCUUGUUUGAAUUCAUGGAGAAAUGGACCCAGAAUGAGAGUUGCCAGAGAAUUUGCGGCAGCUGGUACAAUAAACCAGAAGAUUUAUGUAGUGGGUGGGUGCCAAGCUGAUACAUGGGCUCGAUCUGCUUCUUGGGCUGAGGUUUUCGAUCAAAAGGUGGGUCACUGGGCUCCAAUUCCAAGCCCAAUCGAGAUGAGAGAGAAAUGGAUGCAUGGAAAUGCGGUUUUGAAAGGGAAGCUCUUGGCCAUGGCAGAUCGAGGCGGUGUAGUUGACGACCCAAGAGGUGGAACCUCUGAUGGUUCUUCGAAUUCUGAGAAAUUGGGUUCUUGGUCUUUUGUUUCAAUGGAGUUGGACACAGGUUGGAGAGGCAGAGCAGCGGUAGUAAAGGGGAUUCUCUUUUGUUAUGACUUUUUGGGUAAGAUAAGGGGGUACGAUUCAGAGGAAGAUAAAUGGAUGGAGUUGCAGGGUGUGAAGAAGAGUUUGCCGAAGUUUUUGUGCGGAGCAAGUUUAGCGAAUGUUGGGGAGAAGCUUUAUGUGGUUUGGGAGGGUUUGGGGAGAAAUAAGGAGACUGAACUUUUGUGUGCAGAGGUGGACGUUGAGAAUAAGGGGGUUGGUUUGUUAUGGGGCACUGUUGUUUGGUAUCAAGUUAUUCUGUCUCUACCGAAGGGGGCUUCCACGAUACAUUGCCUCUCUCUUGGGCUAUGA